AAUGAUGAAAGUUUUCUACUUUUUACUUGUUCUCAGCUUGAUUGCAGUUACUUUCGCCGCAAUGACUAAAAAGCCAAAAGCAAAAGUAACAGCUUGUAGAGUGCAAAGAAAAAUGGCCAAAGACUCUGGUGACCCAAAAGAAUUUGUUCCUAAAUGUACCAAGGAUGGUGACUAUGCCUCGAUUCAGUGCAGGCAGGGAUGGUGCUGGUGCGCUGACAAAUCCGGCAACUCGCUGACUAAAUCUCAAAAGUCUAAACCAGACUGCAAUGCUCAAUAGAACAUUGAAUUAUUUGAACUAUGUUUGAUAUUUAAAUUGUCAU